UGGAACGUCAGCCUCGUGCUUAGGCCUAGAGCAAAUGAUAAAUAGCAAAUGUGCCAGAGCCUUUGGUUUUCUUGUCCUGUCAUCGCGUAGUUUUGUGCAUUCAGCCAGGAGAGGGAUGGAGAACAGAUUGAAAGUGUUUCAGGAAAUUGGCCUGAGCGAACAAAAGGCAAAGGAAACUGCAAAAAAUGAAAAACUAGCGUCUCAACUUGCACAGAUUAUAGAUCAGGCAAAGUCAAUUAGCUCUGAUAUUCAGAAGCCAACUGGAGUACUGUUAUACACAUUGGCAAAUGCAAAUUUGAAGUCUGCUGGGCGGGAAAACAUGAUUAUCAAGUAUAUCAUGGAGAGGAAAAUUGCUGCAGUAAAUCAGCUUAAUGCUGGUUUUGAAUUCUUAAAAAGUCACCCAACUGAUCCAAUAAAAACUGAGGAAUUUGAAAAGUCAUGUGGAAUCGGCAUAAAAUACUCUCCUGAUGAAAUUGAAGAUGCAGUUGAAAGUGUAAUAUCUAAAUUCAAAGAGGAGGUGAAAGCAAAGAGAUACAGGUUCAACACAGGGAUGCUUUUAGGCAAAGUGAGUGAAAAGCUAAAAUGGGUUGACAUGAAGAUCGUCAAAGCUGAAUUAGAUAUGCAGCUGUUAGAUCUUCUUGGACCAAAAACUGAAGAAGAUCUGGCUCCAGUUAAAAAGGAGAAGGGAGGAAAACAGCAAUCAAAGCCUGAGAAGUCGAAGAAGUCUGGGGACGAGAAACCAAAGGUCCAUCAAGCUCUUGAUCUCGAUGCCAUCAUGAAUGCCAUUGAUCCAAAGACGAUGUACUUGACUGGAGAAGCAGCAAAGUUCCAUAAACCAGGAGAGAAUUAUAAGACCGACGGGUAUGUGAUCACACCCAAAACAAUGGAAUUAAUGAAGGAACACUUAGAGAUAUUUGGUAAUCAGGUUAGAACAAGAUUUCCACCUGAGCCAAACGGAAUCCUCCAUAUUGGUCAUGCAAAAGCAAUUAAUUUCAAUUUUGGUUUUGCCAAGGCUUAUGGUGGUAUAACAUUUCUUCGCUAUGACGAUACUAAUCCAGAAAAAGAGGAAGAAAAAUUUUUCACUGCAAUAAGAGAGAUGGUCGAAUGGCUAGGCUUUAAACCUUACAAGAUAACCCAUGCUUCUGACUAUUUUCAAGAGUUGUACGAUUAUGCAGUGAGUUUGAUCAAAAGAGGAAAGGCCUAUGUGUGCCACCAGGAAUAUGAGGAAAUCAAAGGCCGCAACCCGCCACCAAGUCCUUGGAGGGACAGACCAAUAGACGAAUCACUCAUUCUUUUCGAGGACAUGAAGCUUGGAAAAAUUGAUGAAGGAAAGGCCACUCUUCGAAUGAAAUGCACCCUUGAAGAUGGUAAAACAGAUCCUGUUGCAUACAGAAUCAAAUUUACUCCUCAUCACCGAACUGGCGAUAAAUGGUGUAUUUACCCAACUUAUGAUUUCACACAUUGUCUCAACGAUUCGUUGGAACAUAUCACCCAUUCGUUGUGUACUAAAGAAUUCCAAUCUAGGCGUUCUUCGUAUUACUGGCUAUGCAAUGCACUUGAUGCCUACUGCCCUGUACAGUGGGAAUACGGAAGGUUAAAUUUGUUGUACACUGUCGUGUCAAAGCGAAAGAUUGCCAAGCUGAUUUUAAACAAAAUUGUUAGAGACUGGGAUGACCCAAGGCUGUUUACAUUGACUGCUCUGAAAAGACGAGGGUUUCCACCCGAAGCAAUCAAUUUAUUCUGCUCAAAGAUCGGCGUAACAAUGUCCCAGUCAACGAUUGAUCCGGCUCUUCUUGAAUCUUGUGUCAGAGAUGUUUUGAAUGUCACUGCUACAAGAGUUAUGGCUGUUCUCGAACCACUGAAAGUAAUCAUUACAAACCUGUCUGGCGAGAAAAGAAUGAUCGAGGUUCCUAACAUCCCUGGUAGUGAGUCAAGUGGAGUUCACAAAGUCCCCUUAGAAAAUAUCAUUUACAUUGAGGGUUCUGAUUUCAAGGAGGUUGGUGAGAAGGAUUACAGGCGAUUGACGCCUGACCAAUCUGUAGGCUUACGUCACGCGGGUCUUGUGAUUUCAGUGAAAGAAGUAGUAAAGAAUGCAGAUGGAUCAUUGAAGGAGGUCCACGUGACUUGUGAUGACUCAAAGAACGUUGCCAAGCCGAAGGCUUUCAUACACUGGGUUUCAAGUCCAAUCAAAUGUGAAGUUCGAAUUUACGAUCGGCUAUUUAAACACCCCCAUCCUGAAGAUCCUUCAGAGGUCCCAGGAGGAUUUCUUAGUGACAUAAGCGAGAACUCUCUGACGGUGAUUGAUAAUGCCUUGGUUGACGUCACAGUAAAGGGAGCCUCUACGUUCACGAAGUUCCAGUUUGAGAGGUUGGGAUUCUUCAGUGUUGAUCCAGAUUCAGUCAACAACAAGUUGGUGUUUAACAGAGUCAUUGCCCUCAAAGAAGAUGCCGGAAAAAGUUAGCAUUUCAUGAAGCAACAGCAUUGUUUGUGAGAACACAGUACUAGAUGCAGUUUUCAAUUGUAGUGAAUUCAUUAUCAGAAUUUGAAAAAAAUCA